GAAAGGAGGAAGAAAGCUGUGAGUGAGAUUGUAAGAAUUCUCAGCUAUGGUGGACAUGCAUUGAUUUAUGUGUGGGCCAUGGAGCAGGAAAGAAAUCAAAUAAAAUCCAAAUAUCUAAAAGAGAGUAAACAGGAGAUGUCUAGUGACUUAGGAGAAAACCUUUAUCACAGAAAACUUACAGCACAGGGUGAUGAUCCUGUUGCAAUGGCAGCCAAAAAUAGUAUUGGAAAUAAGUCAACAGAGAGACAUGAUGCAUGUUUAUGUAAGAGUAUUAGCGCUGGUGGUGUUGAGCUGAAGUCAGAUGAGUGUGGCAUCAGAGGUAGCGAGAAUUCAUCCUCCUGUCAAUCAAAGAAUUCAAAAGAUGAUCCACAGAUCCAGAACGAUACUCAGUCUGCUAAGGAUAAUGAGCAGACAAAUAGAGCAAGAAGAGCAGAACCAAUUAAAGACUCAAUAUAUUCAUCCAAUACAUUAUCAGUUCACGUUAACAGAACCGCUUUUGUGAAACAAGACCUGCUGGUGCCGUGGCAUUUGAAAUCAAAAAAUGGAAAGAGAAACAAUAUUGGAGAAGAAAAUGCAUCAAGCAAAGAUCAGAAUGUCGCUGAGAAUGUGUGCACUAAGACAGUCUUUCAUAGAUUUUAUCAUGUCUACAAAGAAGGCGAGUUAGAAAGUCUGUGUCAAGAAUGCAGCGGUGUGCGGAUAGUUGAAGGCUAUUAUGACGAGGGAAAUUGGUGUGUUAUUAUGAAGAAAGAAUGAACAUUCUCUCAUGGUGUGCAUAUUAAUGAUUUACAUUUUGAGUCUCCAAAAUUCCUGAUUUGAUGUCAAAUUUAUAAUGAUAUUUAUAUAGAAUUGUAAGAUUUACUUACUACCUACAAUGAAUGAUUCACCUAAGAAAGUGUACUCUCAGGGUGAAUGUAAGAAUUCAUUGUUGUACUGCACAGAAUGAUAUGAUUCAAUAAAGACGACAAUAAAUAAAGUGUACUCUCAGGGUGAAUGUAAGAAUUCCUUGUUGUACUGCACAGAAUGAUACGAUUCAAUAAAGACGACAAUAAAUAAAGUGUACUCUCAGGGUGAAUGUAAGAAUUCCUUGUUGUACUGCACAGAAUGAUACGAUUCAAUAAAGAUGACAAUAAAUAAAGUGUACUCUCAGGGUGAAUGUAAGAAUUCCUUGUUGUACUGCACAGAAUGAUAUGAUUCAAUAAAGACGACAAUAAAUAAA